AGGGGGAGGAAGGCUGCCGCUGCCGCUGCCGCGAGCGCUAGGUGGCGUGGCUAGCUCACGGGUUCCAGGCCGCCCGCGCGCUCGCCUUUUUUACUCACACGGGAAGUGCCUGUGCCGCCCCGCGCGGCUGGCCGUGACACCCGAACCGCCCCAAUGGCGACCCCCCUCGCCUCCCCACGAGCUCCUCCUCACCCUCCGCAUUAGUAGCAGCGGCUGCAGUUCCCACUCGUCUCUCUCGGCGCGUGCCUCCUCCUCCUCCUCCUCCUUCUUCUUCCUUGGUCGUGGAUGAGCAUGGGGCACUUCGCCAACUCGACGGAUCCGAGGUCGGGCCUGGAGGUGGUCAAGGACUGGAACGGGGUUGGCCAGGUCGUGCUCCGCUCGCCGAGGGGAGCCUCUGCGCGGGUGAGCUUGCACGGCGGGCAGAUCGUCUCCUGGAGGAACGACCGCGGCGAGGAGCUCCUUUUCACCAGCAGCAAGGCAAUCUUCAAGCCGCCAAAUGCAAUGCGCGGUGGAAUUCAGAUGUGCUUUCCACAGUUUGGAAACUCUGGGACAUUGGAGCGACAUGGAUUUGCAAGGAACAGGAUUUGGACUCUAGAUGAUGACCAUCCACCAAUAAAUCAUAAUGAUAACGUCAGCAAAGCUUCUGUUGACCUUCUAUUAAAGCCAUCUGAAGAUGACCUCAAGUGCUGGCCACAUUGUUUUGAAUUCCGUCUGAGGGUCUCUCUUUCAAAGGAUGGGGACCUAUCAUUAGUAUCGCGCAUCAGAAAUGUCAACGGCAAGCCAUUCAGUUUCUCAUUUGCUUAUCACACAUAUCUUUCUGUUUCUGACAUCAGCGAGGUAAGGAUAGAAGGUCUGGAGACACUUGAUUACCUCGACAAUCUUAGCCACAGAGAACGUUUUACAGAACAAGGAGACGCCAUAACAUUCGAGUCAGAGGUUGACCGGGUCUAUGUUAGCUCCCCAAAUGUAAUAGCAGUUCUUGACCAUGAGAAGAAACACUCAUUUGUCAUAAGAAAGGAAGGACUUCCUGAUGUUGUUGUGUGGAAUCCGUGGGAAAAGAAAUCGAGGAUUAUGGUGGACUUCGGUGAUGAGGAGUACAAGCAGAUGCUUUGUGUUGAUGCGGCCGCUGUGGAGAGAGCAAUCCCACUGAAACCAGGGGAGGAGUGGACAGGGAAGCUGGAGCUUUCUGCGGUUUCAUCGACCAACUGCAGCGAUCAUCUUGAUCACCCCGUCUGCAUCUAGCAUGCAGUGUGGGAGUUCACAUUUGACAACAUAAUGCUAUAUAGCCGCCUCACAAGAAAAGUAUGAACCCCUUUUUGUACAUGAUAUAAGUAGGUUCAGUCAGCAAUCGACUUAAAUCUGUCAAAGAAUCGACAUCCUGUUGUGACAUGGUUUCUGGAAUCUCAAUAAUGAUGGUAGUGACGUGCUUCAUGCCUUAUUUUUGCAA